AUGCCAGUAUAUUCACCUUUGGUCGUUGUUUAUGUCUGCGUGCAGUUGAUAAGCUUAUCUUUGCUAGUCACCCUCAUUUAUAUCUUAAUAAAUACGAAUCCUUAUUUUACGAGGACCAUCUUUCAACUUUGCAUUUGCACCCUUAUCACGGGCUUGUUAAGUUUACCAUUAAUAAUAAUUUACGGAAACAGUUUAUUAGAGAGAGCUUUGGACACCCCUCUAUGCAUAAUUCAAAAUAAACUCGUGGGUUUCUUUAAAUUUCCUUUAAAAUUGUUACCGGCCGCCUUGUCCAUCUAUUUAUGGUUGGAAACAUGCUAUAAUUAUCACAUUGAAGACAAAUACUUUUGGCAUAUUAGUGGAAUAAUUUGGGGUUUGACUAUAUUAGUAAAUGGUAUUGAAUUGAUAGUUACCAGUAACGAAGAAAAUUGGGGUGUUCGAGCGGCCGUGUUGUCUUGUAAGCAAACUCCUUCGUACCAAGCAUGGCUGAACUACAUCAUCCCUACUUCCGUCCUGGCCAUUACGUCCACUAUUAUCACAGUUCAUUCCGUGACCAUUCUUUUCAGGAGAUGGCGUAAUCACACCCGAAAUCAAAAUCGUUACACUGCGAUCACCCUCGGUGAUGCCGCUAGAUUAGUCGUCUUUAGCUUUUUCUAUUCGUUCAUGAUUUUAGCCUCAUUGAUACCCUCAAUUUUUUUGAAGAUUAAUAAUGAUCAUGAUCUUUCUGGGGACAAUAACAAACUUACCUUCAUUGAUUUUGCUUCAUCUACCUAUGGUACGAUCCUGUUUAUGAUUUUUGGAACAACAAAAAAAGCUGCGCUCUUUCUCCCAUGCUGUUAUUAUUCACCUCCAAAAGAUCGUGUGGCGUAUGUGCAAGACCAUGAGUCGAUAGACCUACAACCAUAUAAUCCCGGAGGUAAUGAUGGUUCAUCGAUAAAUCAACCUCCUUUACCGGACAGUCCAAAAAUUGAUUCGGGUUUUCAAUCCGUCUCAAGCAGGAUUACGAUAAUUGAACAGCAAGCUUAA